AUGGCUUCAUCAUCUCGUGGGGGUGGUAAAAAGGGUAAUUCCAAGCGUUCUAGAGUCGUUGACUCUAGUGUUAGUCAACGUGACCCACACCCUCCACGCCAAAAUUCGGGUGCAUUGGCAUUCUUAGACUCUCAACAAGAAGCUAGGUCCAAUUUAGGUGUUCCGCUGCCCGAGCCUGAUCCUGAUUCUAAUGAGGAUGAACCCAUUCCUGAUGCAACCAUACCUGAUGCUGCUGCUCCAGUGCAGCAAGAGCCUGUCAUGCAUCCCCAUCAUGACAUGUAUAUGCAAGAAUUUCGUAGGUUGCAUGAGGACAAUCGGCGUUUGCAUCGUGACUAUUCUGAACUUUAUGAUAGUGUUUGUGAGAUAAAUACUGAGAUGGUGGAGUUUAGGGAAGAGUUUUAUACCUUUAGAGACAAUCAACAAGCACACAACCAACAUGUGGAUUCCCUUGUGACCGACAUGUAUAGGGGUGAUUUGAAUAUUGGAGCAUGCUUAGGAUGGUCAAGGGAAGCUCUCGGUGAAAUUUCGGAACUUUCGGAGCUAAAUUGA